AUGAAGAGAGCCUCCGAAUCGAGGCCAGGCUGGGCUUCGCUAGCUGAAGAGUGUGCGAGAAGUUUUUCACACAUGUCCUGGCAAGGUGGAAUGCCACCGGGCCAUGGGUGGCCACCAACUCACCAUGGCCAGCCUCCUAACAUGAUGGGCAUGGACCAAAAUGGAUAUCCUAGUUAUCCACCUUACAGUCAACAGAAUGGAGAUAAUUGGGGUCAACACCAUCCAGGGUUUCCUGGCGGGCCCGAGAAUGGCGCCCAUUACCCAAUGACAAGUCAACCUGGUUUUCCUGGACAGCCGUAUCCUGGAAUGCCUGGGCCGAAUCCAUACGGAAUGGGUGGACCAGGUUUUCCUGGUGGUCCCGGUCAACCAUACGGCCACCCAGGCUUUCCACCGGUAUCAAUGGAGGGCUCGAUGGGACAGAUGGGUUAUCCUCCGAUGCCUUCAGCGAGCUUUCCUGGCCCCAACCCUUCAAAUUUUACGCCAACUUCUCAACAACCGCAGCGACCUCGUCCAAGCUCAACGAAUGUGACAUCAGUUUACAAGCAGUCGAUGGCAACACCUACACCUAGCCAUCCACAUCCACCAGGCGUCUCUCCGAAUCCCAUGUUCAGUCAGGCAAAUGCUCCUCGCAACACAUUCCCGGGAGCACCCAUUCCUCAAGCACCAAGACCUCAAGCUCCGCAAGUGCAGCAAGAAUUACGAGCGCCCUCCCCUGCUGCUCCCGUGGGUUCUGCACCGAUGCCCGACUUUAGUUUCAAUAAUCGAGGUGCCCCUGCACCAACUACAUAUUCCCGCGCCCCAGCUCCCACACAAAUGAAUGGAGCACCCCCAGCUUCAACACUGCCUCCAAAGCCACAAGAAUCUUCGUUUCAUUCUCUAAGUAGCGGGCCUCCACCGAUGUCAGUUGCUCCAGGAGCAAUCGGACGCCAACAGCCUCCUCCUUUAACUCGGCCUCCACAGCCUGGAGGAUUUUCAGCACAGCUUCAAUCACCUCCGCCUCCCGCUGUGAAUCAGCCACUUCCACAGCAGUCAACUUCACAAGUACCACCACCACCACAACUAGCUGUAGCGCCACCAACUGCAGCUCCCGUACCGGCAUCGCCAGCGUUGAAUCAACCACAAACAUUACAAGCCCCUCAAGCUCAACAGCAACAACAUGUUCAGAAACCAACAGUCCAGCCUCUUCCGGAGCCAGUUCAAGAUCCCAUUCCCCCAAUCAACCAACAAACCCCUAAUAUUUCCCAAGCACACAAACCAGUAGCACCAGUAGGAGAGCCACCAGCAGUUGCCCCUGAGCUACAAGCAGAUUCUCCUGUACCGCCGAAACCAGCUGAAGAGACUUCUCCUUCAGUUCCCGCUAGUCCACCCAAGCCUCCACAGUUGCAGCCAAAACCUAUUUCUCCACAAGAAAAACAGGAGAAAACCGCAGUUGAAACUGGUCCACCAAAGCUUUCUCCUCCAAAGUUGGCUCAUCCUUCAAUUGCAAGCGGCGGACAAGCCGAGACACAACCAAGCAACGUAUCAAAGGUCCCGGAAUUCUCGGACUCAGAGGAAGACACAGAUAAAACUAACGAUGUUGAUGAUAUCGCUGCUAAACUUUCUUCUGAAGAUGAAAACGACAAGAAGGAAAAUCUCGAUCCUAAUUUGGAGAAAAACGAGAAAACGGCACCAGAAAAUGGUGUCCUUGAGGAAAGGUCUUCAGCUAAAAACACAACCGAAAAUUCUGACGAAGACGAUCAGGAGGCAGAAGACACUAGGGAAAAAGACUUCUGCUCGAAUCACAACUGA